AUGCAAUUUCCACUGACCUUUCUUUUACACCUGGGGUUGCUCAGUUUCACGAAAGCCCAAGAUAAAUGCCACAGGAGCGCCUGUCAUGCUACCACCGGCGAUCUCCUGGUGGGUCGCAGUGCACAGCUCACGGCUUCUUCUACCUGCGGGCUGGAUGGAGCCCAGAAAUACUGCAUCCUCAGCUACCUUGAGGGGGAACAAAAAUGUUUCAUCUGUGACUCCAGAUUUCCCUAUGACCCAUAUACGCAAUCCCAGAGCCACACCAUUGAGAAUGUCAUUACAAGUUUUGAACCAGGGAGAGACAAGAAAUGGUGGCAAGCUGAAAACGGUCUUGAUCAUGUCAGCAUCAGAUUGGACCUAGAGGUGUUAUUUCAGUUCAGCCACCUUAUUCUGACUUUUAAGACUUUUCGGCCUGCUGCUAUGUUAGUUGAACGUUCCACAGACUAUGGACACACCUGGAAAGUGCUCAAAUAUUUUGCAAAAGACUGUGCUGCUUCCUUUCCCAAUAUCACUUCUGGCCAGGCCCAGGGAGUGGGAGACCUUGUCUGUGACUCCAAAUAUUCGGAUAUUGAACCCUCAUCUGGUGGAGAGGUCGUUUUAAAGGUUUUGGAUCCCAGGUUUGAAAUAGAAAACCCCUACAGCCCCUACAUCCAGGACCUUGUGACAUUAACAAACCUGAGGAUCAACUUCACCAAACUCCACACCCUGGGGGACACCUUGCUUGGAAGGAGGGAAAACGGUUCUCUGGAUAACUACUACUAUGCUCUGUCCAACAUGGUGGUUGGGGGCAGCUGUUUUUGCCACGGCCACGCUAGCGAAUGCAGCCCUGUGCAGAAAGUGCGGGGAGACGUUUUCAGCCCUCCUGGAAUGGUUCACGGCCAGUGUGUCUGUCAGCACCAUACAGAUGGCCCGAACUGCGAGAGGUGCAAGGGCUUCUUCCAGGACGUUCCGUGGAGGCCGGCAGCAGGCCUCCAGGACAGCGCAUGCAGAGCUUGUCGCUGCAACGGCCACUCGGACCGCUGUCACUUCGACAUGACCGCGUACCUGGCGAGCGGCGGCCGCAGCGGGGGCGUGUGCGAGGACUGCCAGCACCACACGGAAGGACAGCACUGUGACCGCUGCAGACCCCUCUUCUACAGGGACCCGCUCAGGGCCAUGUCCGAUCCUUACGCGUGCAUCCCUUGUGAAUGUGACCCGGACGGGACCUUAUCGGGUGGCAUUUGUGUGAGCCACUCUGAUCCUGCUUUGGGGUCUGUGGCCGGCCAGUGCUUGUGCAAGGAGAACGUGGAAGGAGCCAAGUGUGACCAGUGCAAGCCCAACCACCACGGACUGAGCGCCGCUGACCCCCUGGGCUGUCAGCCCUGCAACUGUAACCCCCUCGGGAGUCUGCCUCUCUCGGCCUGUGAUGUGGAGACUGGCCAAUGCGCAUGCCAGUCAUUUGCCACCGGACCACACUGUGAAGAGUGCACUGUUGGAUACUGGGGACUGGAAAAUCACCUCCAUGGAUGUUCUCCCUGUGAUUGUGACAUUGGAGGUGCUUAUUCCAACGUGUGCUCCCCCAAGGAUGGCCAGUGUGAAUGCCGCCCGCACAUCACUGGCCGCAGCUGCACUGAAUCAGCCCCCGGCUACUUCUUUGCUCCUUUGGAUUUCUAUCUCUACGAGGCAGAGGAAGCCACCCCUCUCCAAGGACUUGCACCUUUGGGCUCAGUGACUUUUGGCCAGGUGCCUGCUGUUCACGGUGUUUUCCGAGAACCGGUUCCUGGAAGCCCUACUGCGUGGACUGGACCUGGAUUUGCCCGGGUUCUCCCUGGGGCUGGCUUGAGAUUUGCCGUCGACCACAUUGCCCUUCCCAUGGACUUCACCAUCGCCAUUCGCUAUGAGAUUCAGCCCGCAGCCGACUGGGCUGUCAAGAUCCUGGUUAACCCCCUCGGAAAGAGCAAGCACUGUCCACGUGAGACCCCAUGGCCACGACCUCAGUCCUUCCCUUUACCGGCGACUUCCAGAAUCGUGCUGCUUCCCACGCCCAUCUGUUUAGAACCAGAUGUACAAUAUUCCAUCGACGUCUAUUUUUCCCAGCCUUUGGAAGGUGGGGCCCACGCUCAUUCACACAUCCUGGUUGAUUCACUUAGUCUGAUUCCCCAGAUCAAUUCACUGGAGAAUUUCUGCAGCAAGCAGGAUUUGGAUGAAUAUCACCUGCACAACUGUGUUGAAAUUGCCUUGAAAACAGGACCUCAGAUGCUCCCGGGUGCGUGUGAAAGGCUCAUAGUGAGCAUGUCUGCCAGGCUAAACAAUGGGGCAGUAGCCUGCAAGUGUCACCCCCAGGGCUCGGUGGGGCCCAACUGCAGCCGGCUUGGGGGCCAGUGCCAGUGUAAGCCCCACGUGGCCGGGCGCUGCUGUGACAGGUGCUCCACAGGAAGCUACGGUUUAGGACAUCAUGGCUGCCACCCAUGUCACUGCCACCCUCAAGGCUCAAAGAGCGCUGUAUGUGACCAAAUAACGGGACAGUGCGCCUGCCGGGGGGAGGUGGCUGGCCUCCGUUGUGAUCGGUGCCUGGCAGGCUACUUUGGAUUUCCCAACUGCCGCCCUUGCCUUUGUAAUGGUUUCGCUGAACUUUGUGAUCCAGAGACAGGGUCAUGCUUCAAUUGCGGGGGUUUUACAACAGGAAGAAACUGUGAAAGGUGCAUCAAUGGUUACUAUGGGGAUCCUCCUUCAGGACACUCCUGCCGUCCCUGCCCGUGUCCGGAUGUUCCCUCAAGUAAUCAGUAUUUUGCUCAUUCCUGUUAUCAGGAUCCUUGGAGCUCAGAUGUGAUCUGCAAUUGUCUUCAAGGUUAUGCAGGUACACAAUAUAGGUGUUCCUGCCAUCCUUCCGGUGUGACUCCUGCUGCGUGUCCCCCUGGUCAGGGAGCUUGCCUCUGUGACCCCAACACUGGCACAUGUCCUUGUCUCCCCAACGUCACAGGCCAGACCUGUGACCGUUGUGCUGACGGAUACUGGAAUCUGGUCCCUGGCAGAGGAUGUCAGCCAUGCAACUGCGACCCCCGGACCUCUCACAGUGGCCACUGUGACCAGCUUACAGGCCAGUGUCCGUGUAAAUUAGGCUACGAUGGGAAACACUGCAGUGAGUGCAAGGAAAAUUAUUAUGGUGAUCCACUGGGGCGAUGCCUUCCAUGUGACUGCAACACAGAAGGUACCCAGAAGCCCGUCUGUGACCAGAACACAGGCAGGUGCCGCUGUCGGGAGGGUGUGAGCGGCCCUCGCUGCGAUCGCUGUGCCCGGGGUCACGGCCAGGAAUUCCCUGCCUGUCUUCCGUGUCACCGGUGCUUUGAUCAGUGGGACCGUGCUGCUGCUUCCCUCUCCAAAGCAGUGCAAGGGUUAAUUGGGCUGGCUGCUAACACGGAAGAUAAAACAGAGACCCUGCUUGUCUGUGAGGCCGACUUCAAAGGCCUCAGAGAGAACAUGUCUGAAAUAGAAAGGAUUUUAAAACAUCCUGUUUUCUCAUCUGGGGAAUUCUUAAAAGCCAAGGAUUAUCAAGACUCUGUUCGGGAACAAAUCAUGCAGCUAAGUCUGCAACUGAAAGCAGUACAUGAAUUUCAAGAUCUGAAAGAAACAAUGGUCAGAAUGAAGAACGAGGCAGACCUCUUACUUGAAGAUCUUUGGAAAGAAAUUGAUUUGCGCUCCCGGGCCCAUACUGCAAACAUCAUGGAUCCCUCAGAGACUAUCAAGAAGCAUUAUCAGAGGUCAUCAUCUGCUGAAAAGAAAGUUACUGAAACCACUUCUAUCAUAAAAAACUCUGAAAAAACCAGGAAUGACUUACAUAGCAUGUUUGAUACGCUAAGCUCAAAAGAAAACUUGUCAUUGGAAAAAUUAAAGCAGAUUACAGUCCCGGAUAUCCAAAUACUGAUUGAAAAGGUGUGUGGGGUACCAGGGGACAUGCCGUGCGUGCUUCCGUCCUGUGGGGACCCCAGCUGCCGUGGCUCCCGGACCCUCUCCGGCCAUGCCCUCCAGCAAGCUCAGGAAGCAGAGUCUGUGAUUCAUAAUUUGAGCGACCAGGUUCAAGGUUGGAAGAAUCAGGAAAAUGUGCCUCCGGAGGACAUAGAGAAGGUUGCAAAUCGUGUACUUGACAUCCAUCUACCAAUAGCAUCACAAAAUCUAACCCGUGAACUUGACAAGAUACGAAAACUGAUGCAGCUCUGUGAGGACAACGGAACAGAUGCGGGCAGGCUAAAUAAAGCGGCAGACGAAGCCCGAAAGGUUUUGUUGAAAGCAAAGGGAGCUGAAAAAGCAGCAAAUGUUCUAUUAAAUCUUGACAAAACGCUGAAUAGAUUGCAACAAGUUCAAACCACCCAAGGACGGAUAAAUUCUGCCAUCACACAGCUGACUGCAGAGAUAACAAAAAUUAAAAAGAACACCGUGCAGGCUGAAAAGGAAGCCAAGGACACCGAGAACAAGCUGGACUCAGCAAAGCAGCAGUCGGUGCUGGAAGCUGGACUCUCCCAGCUGCGGACCACGUUGCAAAGGAACAGGGGGAGAGCGGCCCGCGUGAGAGCUCAGGCUGCAUCGGCCCAACGCCAAGCUGGGGGCCUUGAACAGGAGUUUGCAGAGCUAAACAACCAAUAUGCUGUUCUUCAGCAUAAGACAAGUGCUACAGGACUGACAAAGGUAACAUUAGAGAAAGUGGAACAGCUAAAAGAGGCAGCAGAAAAACUGGCCACAGAUACAGAAGACAAGAUAAGAAGAAUAGCAGAUUUAGAAAAGAAGAUCCAAGAUUUGAAUCUGAGUAGACAAGAAAAAGCUGACCAACUGAAAGAGUUGGAAGAUCAAGUUGUUGCCAUUAAAAAUGAGAUUGUUGAGCGAGAAAAUAAAUAUGCCGCUUGCUACAGUUAG